AUGGUUGACUAUAGGAAACAAUGGAUAAAAAAUAGAGUACUGACAUUUUUGGAUGAAGAGGAUGAAAAUCUUUUUGACCAAAUGUGUGCCAGGCAUGGUAAUAAAAUAGGAAGGUCGUUAACAGAUUAUUUGGAGGACAAUAUUGUCGGCACACAUGAUCUGGAAAGAAGGUUAUUUGUUGUGUACAAAACUUACUAUGAUAAAGUUAUCCAUGAAGAGGUUCUUGUGCCAGAGCAAGUGUUGCGAGUCCCACCUCCACCUGUGGAGACAGAACCCGAGCCAGAAACUUCACCUCCGCCGUCUCCCUCGGGGAAGAAGAGAAAAGGGAAGAAAGGGAAGUCAGGGUCUGCCAAUAAAGGGAGGAAGAGGAAAUCUUCCAAAGAUUCACAAUCAGUAGUGGAAGAAGAAGAGAGUAAGUUGAAUGCUGAUGAAGGGGAAACAAAAGCGGAAGAAACAGCAGAUGAAGAACCGGUAACCGAGGGAGAAGAAAAUCAGGAGAAAGAGGAGGGUCAGGACAAGACUGUGACCAUUGUUGAGGAUAAGUCUGAUGGCGAUGAGAGAAAAUCUGCCAAAAAAGGAAAGAAGGAUAAGAAGAAGAAAGGGAGAAAGAGUCCUCCGACAGUCAUGGAAACUCUGCCACCAACAGAAGAAGAAAUAGCUCCUCCAGAACCAGAAAUUAUCUACGUUAAGAAAAUUAUAGAAAAAGUAGUGAAAACACCGCAGUUGCAUGGACAUUUUGGAACCAUGACCAAUUAUGAUGUAGGCAAGAAACACCGAUUUGUGUAUUUCAUCAGGAAAACAGCCGAAGGGAUCCCUUGUCCGGACAUGUUACAAGAAGCCUUCUCAGAGAUGCCUGGCCACUUCCAAGUGGGCGCUACUACGAGUGAUAUGCUGUCCACUCUUACACUCAUGAUUGUCGGGGUGUUUCAACCCCUUGUGAAGCGCCAGUUCCUAGAGCCCCACAUGGAGGAGGCUGCUGAAGUAGACUUGCAGGACACAGAGCGCAAAGGUCCUCCGGUGCAAACGGUAUUCAACACUCCAUCAGACUACCGACAGAUGGCGCUGGAUAUCAGGCGAGAAUUGGAGCGUGAAGAAGGGUCAGCUGUGGACGACGACGAUGACGGUGUCGGGAUUGACCUGGACAUGCUGCUGAGACAGAGAGAACACAUGCGUGACUCGUCUGUAGCUGUGAUGGUGUAUCCGAUGACUACACUACCAGUUGGUCAGAAAGUGUCCGAUGCCACCAUCACCACCGUCGUCAGUGACGCAGAGGUCAUCAAACAGGGACUGAUGGCUGGGCUGCAGAAACUACUGGACACAUGCUACUGGACCAUGGAGCACAUAAUUGGCAGUAACAUGUUGACCAUACCUCAGCUGCCAGAGCUGGGACCAGGCUACUCUAGUCAACAGCUGGCCGAGGAUACUGACAUUGUACAGACAUAUGAGAAGCUGGUCUCUGAGUGGGAGCAGCAGCUCAUGGACUCCCUUAGAAUAUUUACUGCUAAGAAACCAGAAGACGAAGGACCGAUAGCUGAGUACACAUACUGGCAUGAGCGAGAGAUAGGUCUGGGUGUGUUGGUGGAACAGUUGAAGAACACCAAGGUAGUGGCUGUGGUGAACGUCCUCAACGCUGCCAAGUCUGACAAAGGUGCCGAGUUUGGGGAGAUCAGAGGCGAUGUGCUGCGGUCUUACAUUGAGGCUAGGGACAACGAUAAGUUCCUCUAUACAGUGCUGCGUUACUUCAAGAUCCUGACAGAGUCUGAUGACUUUGAGGAGAUGGCCGAGUGUCUUCCUGGCCUGUUUGAAGGCCUCCAGAUGAUAUGGAUACUAUCAAGGUACUACAGCAAUGACAACGCCAUGGUCCCGCUGCUUCAGAGAAUCAAGUUUGUGCUCUGUCAACAAGUCACCGAUACCCUGGAUGUUGGGACGCUCUUCAAACAGCCUCUAGGUCUGGUGAUGACCAGGACUAACGGAGCAGUUCAACUGUUGCACCAGUGGAAGUCUUCGUACUUGGAGACUAGGAUGAAGAUUGAGGCUUCUGCCAAGAGCCACAGAUGGGAGUUUGACAAACGCAAGCUCUUCUCAGAGACCGACUACAUGGCUUUGGUGGCUAAGGACUUGAACACUGCGGCAAACGUGAUCCAAGAGUUCUACAACAUCUUUGGGCCAGAGCUCAAGUCCAUCAUCAGUGACCCUGGCCAGAUAGAUGCUGUGGUCAAGCGGGUCGAGGCUCUCACACUACCCAUAGAGGAGGCAGAUUUCAACAUCUUCUCUCCAGAGUUCAAGGAACAUUGGGACGCCAUCAUGAAUGGUUUUAACCAAGAAGUAGUUUCAUUGGAAAACGAAGCCAAGUAUUUCAUCAACGAUUCGUUCACUUUGCUAAGAUCAUCUGAAGAAGCGCUCGACAUACUACUGAAAUUCAAACAUAUCAAGACCAGACAAGCAAUCCAAAAGCAGCUCAUGAAGAAAUUUGAUCCAAUUUUAGAACAGUUUACCAAGGAAGUGGCUACAGUUGAAAGAGUAUUUACUAAAGGAAAAAGACACCCACCACUUUUAAGAGAUUACCCGCCCGUGGCAGGCGCCAUUACUUGGGAGAGACAACUGUACCAUCGACUCAAGAAACCUGUGCUAAUCUUUCAAAAUGUCAAGGAGUUUGAAAACUCAGAUCUGAAGAAACAUGCCUUUGACGAAUAUUUGACACUGGCCAAACAAAUGCGAGCCUAUGAAAACCUCAAGUACAAUCAAUGGAUUGACAGAUCAGUCCCUCUGGUUGCCAACACUUUGAAGGAAAAUGUCAUUGUACUCGUUCCUCUCGAGAAGGAGAUGGAUAUUGAAAAAACUGGGCAGAAGGCACCAAAACAAAGUGUGGUUCCCAAAAAAUCACUUGGAAGUAAACUGAAGUUAUUGGGAAGUCAGAAAGAGGUGGGCCAAAAAGAAACUUUGUCGAAGUCUUCAAUGUUGACUCUUGCCAAGAGAGGAGAUGUGUCGUCCUCUCCGACAACUACAAGUCAGUACAGCGCCAGCGAGUUGUCAGCCAAGGAGGGGCUGGGGCUGGGGGCGUUGUGUAUGACCAUGAAGUGGGUCGGCAAACACAGACAGAAGUCACUCCCACCAUUGGACGCCUCGCUGCUUAAACACAACCCAAUCAACGAUGUCUACACUAAGCCCUGGUCUGAGUUUGUGGGAAAUGCUAUGCUGGCUGAGAAGAAACUGGGUAUUAAGGUAAACUUUGACCCGGAGAUGUUGGAGAUAGUAGCAGAAGCAGAGCUACUGGAGACACUGGGGUUUGGUCUGCCCAACACCAUCCUUACAGUCACUACACAGAAGGAGCGAAUACAUGCCAAACUGGACGCUCUGCAUAAGAUGGUCAAGGAGUACACUAACCUCAUAGACAGACUGGACACUCCUCAGUUGUUGUUCAUGAAAGAACACUUGAGAGAGGUGGAGAAGCAUAUACAGCCGGGCCUGACUCGCUACACUUGGCUCUCCCUGGGAAUUGAGGAGUACGCAAAAGACGCACUCAACAAGCUGCGCAAUGUGACGUCCCGCGUCAACCAGAUGGAGGACGUGUCACUCAAUGUUGACAAGAAGAUACUAAGCCUCGGACAGUUUGAUAUGUUCUCAUUCCCUCCAAUUACAGACAACAACAACAGAUUGCCUUGCAAGGACUUCUUCUCACACGUUGAACAGCAGCGGACUGAGAGCAUGUCCAAGCUGUUGACAACGUACAACAUGGUGGGACCCAUCCUGCGGAAACUGGAGGGGCUCGUGCUGCAAACUAGCUCGGGAAGAUCUCCUCUCAUGGCAUUCUUCUACAACAGCUGUGAGAAGAAAACAUUCAACACACUCAUCAAGCUGAUGAUCAACAACCUGGAGAAAUUCAACAAGCAGCUCAACUCGAGGUCUGCGCUGUUCUCUAUAGAGUGUCUGUUGGCUCCACCAGACGUGGUCACAAGACCAACAGCCUACCAGGUGUACAACAUGAUGGUCGGCUGCUCCAAGGACUUCAUGGAAAGGUUCAAGAAGAUACCUCGGUGGAUGGAUGGAACUUGUGUCAAAUGUCCUUCUGUCCGUACUCCUGCAGGAGAACACCUCUACUCCUUCCACGAUGACUUGGUCAGAGUUCAGAAGGUCAACGAACUUGUCACGCAGACCGUAGACUUUGCCCACACUAUUGGGGCGGAAAUAAAGAAAUUCCUCAAUAGGUGGCGAAAAUAUAAAUAUAUCUGGUUGACUGAUAAAUCAUCAAAGAUUGACAAAUUUGCUGCCAAGAAUCCUACUCUUCUGCAGUACGAUGACAAUUUUACUGUAUAUUCAAAUGUAGUGGAAGAAAUGGAAUCAAUGCGACCGUACAAGGAUAUCUAUUGUGUCAGGUUGAAUCUUGCUCCACUGUUGGAAGACGUGAAAAAACACGCAAAAGAGUGGAAAACUGAGCUUGGAGCUCGUUUGGCUGCUGGCACAAGAGACAUCAUGGUUGCAUUCCAGAACAGGAUGAUUGAGUUAAAAGAGGAGUUGGAGCUAGGAGUGAACGAGUUGGACGCAUUCAAGCGUGUUCUACAGGCUAUCACAGACAUCGGCAACACUCUGGUGGACGCAGAGUUGACCUUCCGAGAUGUAGAGGAGAGACAUCACACACUGCGGCUGCAGAGUAUUGAGAUCCCAACAGAAGACUUAGAGUUGCUGGAACAGUUGAAGUCCGAGUGGCAGGCUCUGUACGAUGCUUCUCUGUACCGCAAACUCAAGAUGGAGCCAGCCAAGGUGGUGUUUGCUAAGACCACGGAGGCCCUCAUACAAGACUUUGUCAAUGUUUGUGAACUGUUUGCCCAGCGGUUCAACCAAGAGGGACCGGGUGCUGAACAUCGCAACCUCCAGCAAGGGUUCAGCCUCAUGACGGAGUACGGAGAAGAGUUUGCUGAAAUGAAUGAGAAGAAGAAGGAAAUGCUGCAAGCUGAGAAGUUGUUUGAUAUUCCCAUGUCAGACUACACUCUUUAUGAUUCUGCUUACAAAGACUUUGAAGGGAUGCAGCAAAUUUUUCAGAUCUAUCAGAACCAACAGGCAGCAAGAGACCAGUGGGGUAAAACGCUUUGGGCAAAUCUCAAUCCUCAAGUUUUACUAGAGGGCAUGGAGGCAUUCAUAAGAGAAUUCAAAAGAUUACCAAAACAAGUCCGUCAACUGCGACCAGGUGUUUUAUUGGACAUUAGAAUGAAAGAAUUCAAGAAUUCAAUCCCACUGUUUAUUGAAUUGAAAAACGAAGCUCUUAGAGAGAGGCAUUGGAAUGAGCUGAUGGAAAAGACAGGUCAGCACUUUGACAUGUCGGCUGACUGUUUUACUUUGGAUGCAAUGUUUGCUAUGGAGCUUCAUCGCUACCAAGACAUUUGCGAAGAGAUCAUUGCCAAUGCUGUCAAAGAACUGAGCAUUGAGAGAGGAGUGAAAGAGAUAUCUCAUGUUUGGACGACCAUGGCUUUAUGUGUUGUCCACCAUUCCAAAGGAUUCGAAGAUCGAGGAUACAUCCUUGGUGAGAUUGGAGAAAUAAUGCUUGCCCUCGAUGACAACUGUAUGAAUUUACAGAGUAUGGCUGCUUCCCAGUUUGUUGGCCCAUUCCUGCCUGUGGUACAGAAGUGGGAGAAGAACCUGUCCACAGUCAGUGAGGUGCUGGAUGAGUGGCUGGGAGUGCAGAGACGGUGGCUCUAUCUGGAGGGUAUCUUUGUGGGAGGAGACAUCCGAACACAGCUGCCUGAGGAGGCGAGGAAGUUUGACGAUAUUGACCGCAUCUUUAGAAAGAUAAUGAUAGAGACAGCUAAGAAACCAUUGGUUCUGGAGCAGUGUUUAGUCCCAGGCAGACUACAGGACCUGCAGGCUCUAACUCUAGGACUGGACAACUGUCAGAAGUCACUGAAUGACUAUCUGGACACCAAGCGCAAUGCUUUCCCUCGUUUCUUCUUCAUCUCUGACGAUGAACUACUGUCCAUCCUCGGCAGUAGUAAUCCCGAGUGUGUCCAGGAACAUAUUGUGAAGAUGUUUGACAACGUGGCCAGUCUCCGUAUGCACCCGGAUGCCCAAAGUCACUGGGUGGUCUCAGCCAUGGUGUCGUGUGAGAAGGAGGUGAUGGAGUUCCGCAACGUCCAGUAUGCUGGUGGCAAGGUGGAGAACUGGAUGUCUCUCGUCCUGACCGAGAUGAGAGUCACCAACCGCUACAUCACCAAGAAAGCCAUCUACGACUACGGCAAAGUGAGAAGGCCGAGGACAGAAUGGAUGCUAGACUACCAAGGAAUGGUAAUUCUAGCAGCUAACCAAGUGUGGUGGACUGCCGAGGCGGAAAAUGUCUUCCUUAAAAUUAAACAGGGACACAAAAGAGCAAUGAAGGAAUACCUGACACAAAUGAACAAUCAGCUGGACGAGUUGGUGGUUAGAGUUAGAGGCUACUUGAGCAAAAAUGACCGGAAAAAGUUCAUAACUGUCUUGACCAUUGAUGUGCACGCCAGAGACAUCAUCGAGGGUUUUGUUAGGGACAGUGUUAUGGAUGCUUCCGAGUUUGAAUGGGAGAGCCAGCUGAGAUUCUACUGGGUGAAGAAUGUUGACAACCUCAUUGUCAAGCAAUGCUCAGGCCAAUUCGAGUACGGAUAUGAGUACAUGGGGUUGAAUGGCAGACUAGUCAUCACUCCACUGACUGAUAGAAUCUACCUGACCAUCACACAGGCACUGUCCAUGCAACUGGGGGGUGCUCCAGCUGGCCCUGCGGGCACUGGUAAGACAGAGACUACAAAGGACCUAGCCAAGGCUAUGGGUCUGUUGUGUAUGGUGACUAACUGUGGGGAAGGCAUGGACUACCUGGCGUUUGGCAAGAUACUCAGCGGUCUGUGUCAGUGUGGAGCGUGGGGCUGCUUUGAUGAGUUCAACCGCAUUGACAUCUCAGUGCUGUCCGUCAUCUCUACUCAGCUGCAGACAAUACGCUCAGCACUGCUGCUGCGGGUCAAGAAGUUUGUGUUUGAAGGUCAACAAAUUGCCCUGGACAACAAAGUGGGUAUCUUCAUUACUAUGAACCCUGGGUACGCUGGUCGCACUGAGCUGCCUGAGUCUAUCAAGGCAUUGUUCCGUCCCGUCGUCUGCAUUGUACCUGACCUUGAACUCAUCUGUCUCAUCAUGCUCUUCUCUGAGGGCUUCCUUCAAGCUAAGGUAUUAGCUAAGAAGAUGACAGUGCUGUACAAGCUGGCCAGAGAACAGUUGUCCAAGCAGAACCAUUAUGACUUUGGGCUGCGAGCUCUCAAGUCAGUACUGGUGAUGGCUGGGGAACUCAAGAGAGGAGCUCCUGACCUACCUGAGAACAUUGUACUCAUGAGAGCUCUUAGAGACAUGAAUCUGCCCAAAUUUGUGUUUGAUGAUGUGCCGCUGUUUCUGGGGCUCAUCAAGGAUCUGUUCCCGGGUCUUGAAUGUCCCAGAGUCUCCUACCCGGAGUUUAACACAGCUGUAGAGAAGGCUCUAGUUGAAUCUGGCUACAUACUCAUACCCAAUCAGGUGGACAAAGUGGUCCAGUUAUAUGAGACUAUGAUGACUCGCCACUCUACUAUGAUAGUUGGCCCAACUGGUGGUGGCAAGACUGUAGUUAUACAAGCUCUAGCUCAGGCUCAGACCACCCUGGGUCUGCCUACUAAACUCUUCACUCUCAACCCUAAGGCAUGUUCGGUGAUCGAGCUGUAUGGAGUGUUGGACCCUGACUCCCGAGACUGGACGGACGGUCUACUGUCUAACAUCUACAGAGAUAUUAACAAACCCACUGACAAGCCUGAGCAGAGGUACAUCGUGUUUGACGGCGACGUUGACGCUCUCUGGAUAGAGAACAUGAACUCUGUCAUGGACGACAACAAACUGUUGACCCUGGCCAACGGGGAGAGAAUAAGACUGCUGGAGCAUUGCGCUCUUCUGUUUGAGGUAGGUGACCUACAGUAUGCGUCACCCGCCACCGUGUCUCGGGCUGGCAUGGUUUAUGUGGACCCUAAGAAUCUGGGCUACGAGCCGUACUGGCAGCGGUGGCUCAGCCAGCUCAACCGCUCUGAGGAGGACAAGGAGACAUUAGCCAGAUUCUUUGAGACGUACGUACCUCCGUGCCUUGCCCUGAUUCUGGAGGGGAUGAGUGGAAUGCAGCAGCUGGCACCCUUGAGAACCGUCAUCCCUCAGACUGCUCUUAAUAUGAUCACACAGAUGUGCUUCAUGCUGGACGCCCUGCUAGGAGACUCGGAGGCUUGUGGGGCUGAUGAGCUGGAGUGUGUGUUCAUACAAGUGUUGUACAACUCACUGGGGGCAGCCAUAGUGGCUGACGAUCGCAAAGAGUUUGACAGUCUCAUCAAGAAAACCGCUGGCUUCAUGACUGUGGAGGAUAGCGAUACUAAAUUUGCUGGAUAUCGAUUCAUACCAGUGAAGGAACAGACCAUGUACGAGUAUUACUUAGACAGAGUGAAACAGGCCUGGGUUCUGUGGAGGCUGUUAGUGGAACCCUAUAUCCACGACAAACACAAGAGGUUCAGUGAUGUCUUGGUUUGUUGCAGGAUUCAUACCAGUAAAGGAACAGACCAUGUACGAGUAUUACUUAGACAGAGUGAAACAGGAUUCAUACCAGUAAAGGAACAGACCAUGUACGAGUAUUACUUAGACAGAGUGAAACAGGUUUGGGUUCCGUGGAGGCUGUUAGUGGAACCCUAUAUCCACGACAAACACAAGAGGUUCAGUGAUAUCUUGGUGCCUACAGAAGACUCAACUAGGAUAACCUGGUUGCUGUCACUCAUGAAUGAGUUUUACUUCAGGGAAAGAGUGUUCAAGAAGGUUAAGAGGCCAGUGGUGUUGGUCGGGGAGACGGGCACUUCUAAAACAGCCACAAUGAUGGAGUUUUUGCGACAUCUAAACGCUGAACAAUAUAUGCAAGUAAAUGUAAACUUUUCUUCUCGCACAACUUCACUGGACGUUCAACGCAACCUGGAAGCGUCAGUGGAGAAGAGGACGAAAGACGUAUAUGGUCCACCUAUUGGCAAGAAGCUCAUCUGUUUCAUUGACGACCUUAACAUGCCACAGGUUGACAGUUAUGGAACUCAGCAACCUAUAGCUCUGUUGAAACUUCUCUUUGAAAAAGGCGGCUUUUAUGACCGGGGCAAAGACCUGAACUGGAAACAACUAAAAGAUAUUUGUUUCUUUGCUGCUAUGGGGAAGGCAGGAGGAGGUCGCAACCAGGUUGACCCUCGCUUCAUGUCUAUGUUCUCUGUGUAUAACAUGACGUUUCCAUCAGACAAUACAGUGAAGCACAUUUAUCAAAGUAUCCUGACUGGCCAUACACAAGAGUUCUCUCCUGACAUUCAGAGUAUCAUCCCAAACAUCGUCAAAGCUACACUGGAUUUAUACAAGAUCAUAAUCGUCCAGCUGCCUCCGACCCCAUCCAAGUUCCACUACAUAUUCAACCUGCGAGAUCUGUCCCGCAUUGUGGCUGGAGUCUGUCUCACAUCACCCAACAUCUUCACAGAGCCGGAGCACAUUGUGCGGGUCUGGAGGAAUGAGUUUACCAGGGUCAUCUGUGACCGGCUGAUCAACAAAGAGGAUCAAGAGCUGAUGAACAAACACAUAGAAGAGACUGUAGUGAACUAUUUUGAAGACUACACCGAGUAUGUGAUGAGGAACCCGCUAUUGUUUGGUGACUAUCGCAAUGCAAUGCAAGAGGGAGAACACCGUGACUAUGAAGAUCUGCUAGAUUAUGAUGCUGUCUUCCAUCUUUUCCACGAAGUGGUGGAAGAGUACAACGAGAAGUACACGAAGAUGAAUCUGGUGUUGUUUGAUGACGCAUUGGAGCACCUGACACGGCUACACAGGGUGAUGAGGAUGCACAGAGGUCAUGCCAUGGUGGUGGGAGUGGGUGGUUGUGGCAAGAAUAGUCUCACUAGACUGGCAGCCUUCACAGCAGGCUGCUCCAUGUUCAGCAUCACGCUGAGUCGAGGCUACAAUGAGGCAGCGUUCAAGGAAGACAUGCGCAAACUAUUUAUCCAGCUUGGAGUCAACAAGAAACCAACUGUGUUUCUGUUUACAGCUGCUCAAAUUGCUGAGGAAGGUUUCUUAGAGAUGAUCAACAACAUACUGAUGAUUGGGAUGAUUCCGGCUCUGUUCUCUGAUGAUGACAAAGAUGGGAUUAUCAACCAAGUUCGUAACUCUGCCAAAUCCGAGGGAUAUGGAAUAACAAAGGAAGGUUGCUGGCAGUAUUUCAUUGCCAAGUGUAUAGACAACCUACAUGUAGUGUUGUCCAUGUCUCCAUCAGGUGAUGUACUUCGCACCAGAUGUCGUAGUUUCCCAGGUCUCGUCAACAACACUUGUAUUGACUGGAUAUUCUCGUGGCCACCUCAGGCCCUGUAUGCUGUUGCUACACGCUUUUUAAAAGAUGUGCCAAAGAUCCCAGAACAAUAUUUGAGUCAGAUCGUGGACCACGUAGUGGAGGUCCACACUGGUGUGGCCUCAUACACCGUAGAGUUUAUGGUGAAACUGCGAAGAAAGAAUUACCUCACUCCCAAACACUACCUUGACUUCAUAUCUGUGUAUCUUGUUCUCUUGGAGGAGAAAAAUAACUUUAUUUUAGCUCAGUGUGAUCGGCUAGAGGGAGGAAUGCAGAAAAUUGCAGAGGCCUCAGUGCAGCUUGACGAGCUCAACGCCAAACUGGCUAUACAGAAGGUGGCAGUGGCACAGAAAACUGAGGCUUGCGAAACCUUGCUUGCCAAAAUAUCUGCCGCGACUUUGGAGGCAAACAGCAAGAAAGAGGUUGCUACAACCAAAAGCCGAGAGAUAGAGAUUCAGAGCAAGGAAAUCUCUGUGGAAAAGGCAGAGGCAGACACAGAACUGCAGGAGGCUCUGCCUGCACUGGAGGCAGCUAGGGAGGCUCUCUCACGUCUGGAGAAGGCAGACAUCACAGAGAUUAGGUCGUUUGCCACACCACCAGAGGCCGUGAUGGUAGUGUGUGAGUGUGUAGCUAUCAUCCGAGGACUGAAGGAUACCAGCUGGAAGGCUGCCAAGGGGAUGAUGACUGAUCCCAACUUCCUUUCACGUCUGCGCGAGAUGAAGUGUGAGAACGUCACUCAGAAACAGCAACAAGCUGUCAAAACCCUUAUCAAGGGAUGCAAGAAGCUGGAGGAGAUGGAGAGCAUCAGCAAGGCUGGGUUUGGACUGUUGACCUUUGUCAAGGCAGUGCUGGGCUUCUGUACAGUCUACAAGGAGGUGAAGCCCAAGAUAGAGAGGGUGGCGCAGUUGGAGAAGGAGUUCAACUCGGCCAAACGAUACCUGGACAACCUCAACAAGGAGAUCUCUGCAAUUGAGGCGACUUUACAAGGAUUGAACGAGCAGUACAUCCUAGCUAUGAAAGAGAGACAAGAGAUACAAGAGGAGACUGAUGUGAUGCAGAGACGGCUGGUGGCUGCAGACAAACUCAUAUCUGGCCUCAGCUCUGAGAGUCAACGGUGGGAGCUAGAGCUACAAAGGUUACAUGAAGACAAGAACUGUCUGAUUGGCAACUGUCUGCUGAGUGCCGCGUUCCUGGCAUACACAGGACCGUUCAGCUGGGAGUUCCGCACAGAGAUGGUCUACCGCGACUGGACAGACAGUCUCAGGUCCAAGGAGAUCCCGCUGGUGACUCCAUUCCGUCUGGAGGCGGAACUUACUGACGACGUCACUGUGAGCAAGUGGACCUCGGAAGGGUUGCCGCCAGACGAGCUGUCCGUACAGAACGGAAUCCUCACUGUCCGCGCCAGCCGUUUCCCCCUCUGCAUCGACCCGCAGGAGCAAGCACUUAACUGGAUCAAGAAGAAGGAGGAACCCUUCAAUCUGAAAAUCGUCACUUUCAACGACUCAGAUUUUCUUAAACACCUGGAAAUGGCUAUAAAGUACGGUUUCCCGAUUUUGUUUCAGGAUGUGGAUUUUAUCGAUCCUGUUGUUGAUAGUGUUUUGGAAAAAAUUAUUAAAGUUCAGAGUGGGAGAACUUUCAUGGUCCUAGGAGACAAGGAGGUGGAUUAUGAUCCGAAAUUCCGCAUGUAUUUGACCACCAAACUCGCAAACCCAACAUUUGACCCUGCAGUUUACGCCAAAGCUGUUGUCAUCAAUUAUGCUGUCACUUUAUCUGGUCUGGAGGACCAGCUGUUGAGUGUGGUGGUGCGCAAUGAGCGGCUAGACCUGGAGGAGAAGCGAGAGUCUCUGAUACAAGAGACAAGUAGCAACAAGAAUCUGCUGCAGCAACUAGAGGACAGCUUGCUGAGGGAGCUGGCGUCGUCUACAGGCAACAUGCUGGACAACACUGAGCUCAUACAGACCCUGGAAGAGACCAAAGCUAAGGCUUUUGAGGUGACUCAAAAGCUAGAACUAGCAGCCAAGACAGCGAUAGAGAUUGACGCCCUGCGUAACGUUUACCGUCCCGUGGCCAAACGAGGGGCUCUGCUGUUUUUCCUCAUGUCUGACAUGGCUGCAGUCAAUCCAAUGUAUCAAUACUCCCUUGGGUCCUACUUGGUGGUCUUUGGCUACUCUCUGCGCAAGGCUCUGCCGGACGUCAUUGUUAAAACUCGACUUCGUAACAUCAUCACAACACUGACCAAGAACGUUUACGAGUAUGGUUGUACAGGUAUAUUUGAAAAGCACAAGUUGCUGUACUCCUUCCAAAUGACGAUGAAGUUGGAGCAGAGUGAAGGAAGGGUGAGUCAACAUCAGCUGGAGUUCUUCAUCAAAGGCAGUGUGUCGCUGGAGAAAUCACCUCGGCUUUGCCCAGCUCGCUGGAUAUCCUCCCAGGGAUGGGAAGAUAUAUUAAAACUCUCUUCUGAAUUUCCUAAACAAUUUGGAGACCUCGCUGAUCACAUUGAAAGAAAUGUUGAAGAUUGGAAGACGUGGUAUGACCUGGAUGCACCAGAGGUGGCAUCACCACCGGGAGGUGUGUCUGCAGAGAUGUCUCAGUUCCACAAGCUGAUGUUGAUCCGAUGCUUCAGAGUGGACAGGGUGUAUCAAGCUGUUACACAGUACAUCUCCACAACCAUGGGGGAGUUCUUCAUCACACCACCCUACAUCAGCCUGGAUGCCAUAUUUGAGCAGAGCAGUCCGACCACGCCAGUGGUGUUUAUCCUGAGUCCUGGCUCUGACCCUACAGCUGACCUGAUGAAGUUGGCAGAUCUACAAGGAGCAGGUGGCACUCAGUUCAAGUACCUGUCACUCGGACAAGGACAGGAGAAGACGGCAUUGACACUGCUAGAGACAGCCAUAUCUCGUGGUCACUGGCUCAUGUACCAAAACUGUCAUCUCCUCAUCGCCUUCCUCCGCGACUUGGAGAAGGAGCUGGAGAAGAUGACCAAACCUCACCCUGACUUCCGACUGUGGCUCACCACCGACCCUACCAACACCUUCCCCAUCGGCAUCCUGCAGCGAUCUCUCAAAGUUGUGACAGAGCCUCCCAACGGUUUGAAGUUGAACCUUAGAAACACCUAUUUCAAGAUGCCCCAGCACACAUUGGACCAAUGUGAUCAUCCAGCUUUUAAAAGUUUGGUUUACGUAUUGGCCUUUUUUCAUGCAGUGGUUCAGGAACGCAGAAAGUAUGACAAGAUUGGUUGGAACAUUACUUACGACUUUGGCGAGUGUGACUUUGUAGUUUGCACACAAAUUCUGGAAGCUUAUUUAAACAAAAUUAAGGAUGUCCAAGAUGCUCUGAUUCCUUGGGCAAGUCUCAAGUACUUGUUUGGAGAGGUAAUGUACGGGGGCCGGGUAAUUGAUGACUUUGAUCGUCGCAUUGUCAAGACGUUCAUGAAUGAGUACAUGGGAGAUUUCCUGUUUGACACAUUCCAGCCGUUCCACUUCUACCAGGAUGAAGCCGUGGACUACACAAUACCUCCUGAUGGAUCUCGGGAAGACUAUAUAGCUGCUAUAGAAGAGCUGCCACUAGUCAAUGUGCCUGGUGUGUUUGGUCUUCACCCCAAUGCUGAGAUCGGCUACUACACUCAGGCAGCUCGUGAGAUGUGGCUACAUCUCAUAGAGCUUCAGCCUCACACUGCUGCUCUGGGAAGGAAUAAUGGUACUACUGAGGGAGGUGUGAGCAGAGAGGAGGUGAUUGACUCAGUGGCCAGUGACAUUCUACGUAAGCUGCCACCAGUGUACGACUUGAGCAGAGUGAGGAAGAACUUUGAGAUGAACAUCACUCCCACCAUCAUAGUGCUGCUGCAGGAACUGGAGAGGUUUAACUUGCUCAUCAACAAGAUGCAGUUCACUCUCUCACAACUCAGGAAGGCACUAGCUGGAGAGAUUGGGAUGGACACAGUGUUGGACAAUGUCUCUGUGUCUCUGUUCAAUGGCCACUUGCCACAGGAGUGGCGCAAACUGGCACCAGCCACGUGCAAGAGUCUGGGUGGCUGGAUGGAACACUUCCAACGCAGAGUGCAACAGUACAAUACCUGGGCUCAACGUCGUGACCCACUGGUGAUGUGGAUGUCAGGGCUACAUGUACCAGAGUCCUACCUCACAGCUCUGGUACAGACAGCAUGUCGCAAGAUGGGCUGGCCCCUGGACAGGUCUACCCUCUACACCAGUGUCACUUCCUUCACCCACGAGGAUCAAGUCGAAGCUAGGCCAGAGAUGGGCUGCUAUGUGUGCGGUCUAUACCUGGAGGGUGCCAGGUGGGAUGUGGCCAACAACUGCUUAGCCAGAUCACUACCCAAGGUGUUGGUAGAGGAACUGCCAGUCUUGUACAUCAUCCCUGUCGAGGCUCACAGGGCCAAGCUGCAGAACACACUGAGAACGCCAGUGUACACGACGUCCCAGCGACGCAAUGCUAUGGGUGUGGGUCUGGUGUUUGAAGCUGACCUGAGCACCACUGAACAUUCUAGUCUUUGGAUACUACAAGGCGUCUGUCUAGUCCUCAACACUGACUGAACUUCUAGACACUAAACCACUAUUUUGUUAUUUGUUAUUUUUAUAUUUUGU